CCUUUGUAACGUUGAAAUAAGGGAAAAUAUAUCGAAAUUUGUCAGAAACAGAAAUUUGAAAAGUAUUUCCGGUUUCACUUUCUAUAUUAUAAAAUGUUAAACUUCAAAAACUUAUAUUACAGCGAAAAUAAUGAACUAAUUUCAAUUAAACCACUUAGCCAAUAAUUUAACUAUUUAAGAGAAUCAAAUUUAAAUAAAUAAAUUGUGUAACUAAUUCUUUAUUCAAAAUCCAUUUUAAAUCAAUGAUCAUGUGACUGAUCCCGGAAGUAAACAACAAAACAAAAUGUAUGGAAAAAUUGUGCUUAUUCUUUGUGGUCUUUGUGUGCUUACAGCUAAUAUACAUUGCAAAUAUCAACCAAAUUGGGAGUCUUUAGAUAGUAGACCACUACCUGCAUGGUACGAUGAGGCUAAGUUUGGAAUCUUCAUCCACUGGGGAGUAUUCUCAGUGCCUAGUUUUCACACUGAAUGGUUUUGGCAUGAAUGGCACUAUAACAAAACUGAAUUUGUGAACUUUAUGAAAAAGAACUAUCCUCCGGGUUUCACUUAUGCUGACUUUGCACCUAUGUUUACUGCAGAAUUCUAUAAUCCCGAUUCUUGGGCAAAAGUUCUGGAAAAUUCUGGUGCCAAAUAUGUUGUCCUGGUUACAAAACACCAUGAGGGGUUCACAAAUUGGCCAUCGAAAGCCUCGUGGAAUUGGAAUGCUAUGGACGUUGGUCCACAUAGAGAUCUUGUUGGUGAUCUUGCAACUGCUGUAAGGAAACAUGCACCAAAUGUUCACUUUGGUGUGUACCAUUCAAUGAUGGACUGGUUUAACCCUCUCUAUCUGCAAGACAAAGCAAAUAACUUUACAACGCAAGAAUUUGUCAAGAAUAAAUGUAUGCCUGAAUUAUAUGAGCUGAUUAAUAACUACAAGCCAGAUGUGUUAUGGUCUGAUGGGGAUUGGGAAACCACAUACAAAUAUUGGAAUGCUACAGAGUUCAUAGCUUGGCUGUAUAACGAAAGUCCAGUAAAAGACACAAUUGCGAUAAAUGACCGUUGGGGAAACGAUGCAAGGUGUAAGCAUGGAGGAUUCCUGAACUGUAAUGAUAAGUACAAUCCAGGUGUCCUGCAGAAACGCAAAUGGGAAAACUGUAUGUCUAUUGAUCGUGGAUCGUGGGGAUAUAGGCGUGAUGCUAAUCUUGAGGAUUACUACAACACAAGCUCAUUGGUUGCAAUUCUUGCUGAGACUGUCAGCACAGGUGGAAAUCUCCUCAUGAACAUAGGACCUACUCAUGAUGGCCGCAUAUUACCAAUUUUCCAACAACGUCUUAAAGAUAUGGGUGAAUGGCUCAAAGUGAAUGGAGAGGCUAUUUACAAAACAAGACCAUGGAGCCAUCAGAAUGACACCAUUACCCCAGCUGUAUGGUACACCAGUAAACCUGAUCAAGGUGGGACCAUCAAUGUGUAUGCUAUUGUAUUGAAUUGGCCUAAGACUAAUACAUUGAUCCUUGGAGCUCCUCUCUCAACAUCUUCAACCAAAGUGUCCCUUUUGGGAUAUGCUGGGUAUUUCAGCUAUGUACCUCUAUCUCAAGGAAUCAGGAUUGACAUUCCAUCCAUACCCUUCAACCAGAUGCCUUGCCAAUGGGCUUGGGUGUUUAAGAUAAAAUACUUAAAAAAUUAA